GUCAAAGAAUAAAUACCAUUUUUGGUUACGGUCAGUCAUUUUGUUCCGAAUAUAUAAAUACACAGUAGACUGAGACGUCGGUAUUAAUACUUGAUGACGAUGCGGCGGCUGCAGCGCGUGCUGCUCUGUUGUCGUUGCCGGUUUGUAUUUUUCCACUCAGCUCUCUCGGUGGGUCACGUGACCUGACGCCCGCGGUUGCGGAGCUGAUGAGGCGUUCGCUAAACUGCAGAGAAUCGCGUUGAUGCUACGAUGCUUCAAAGAUUUCAGGAGACACGCGAUCGACUUUCAAAUACCCAUUAUGGAGAUUGCUUCACAAUUUCUGCUUUAUGAAACGACAAACAAAUAUUUCCAUAGAGCACAUUUGAGAAUGAGCCAAGCCCCUGCAAAUACAAAGAUGAGUCGUUUUAACAUCGCUCCAGACAUGGACAGCAGCAGUUCCAACAGCAACGAGUACACGAGCUAUCAAGACUCUAAAGUCCCUCUCAACGGAUUGCAAUAUUCCGACAUGGACGCAGAAAGCCAGAACUUCCUCACUGAUCAUCAACUGGGAAAGAAGAAAUUUGAAGCCGAAUAUAGCCCUGGUUCAGCGUCGUUUGGGAUGUCCGUGUUUAACUUGGGCAAUGCCAUCAUGGGAAGUGGAAUCCUUGGACUUGCCUAUGCCAUGGCCAACACGGGCAUCGCCAUGUUUGUGAUCCUGCUGGUCGCCGUAGCCAUUUUCUCUCUCUACUCAGUCCAUUUGCUGCUCAAAACGGCCAACGAAGGAGGUUCUCUGGUGUACGAACAGCUGGGGUACAAGGCCUUCGGGAUUCCCGGCAAACUGGCAGCGUCCUGCUGUAUCACCAUGCAAAACUUUGGAGCUAUGGCAAGCUACCUCUACAUCGUGAAGUACGAGCUGCCCAUCGUCAUUAAGGCCUUCUUGGACUCUAACAACAACUCGUGGUACACUAACGGAGAUUAUCUGGUGCUGAUUGUCACGGUGGCUAUAAUACUGCCGCUCUCGCUGCUUAAAAACCUGGGUUAUCUGGGAUACACUAGUGGUUUCUCCUUGUUGUGCAUGGUGUUCUUCGUGAUUGUGGUGAUCUACAAGAAGUUCCAGAUCCCCUGUCCGUUACCAGAGAACUUCAUUAACAUCACAGUCAACGUCUCUCAGCCGCAGGUCAACACUACUGAUGAAGAGUGCUGCAAACCCAAGUACUUCAUCUUCAACUCACAGACUGUGUAUGCGGUGCCCAUCCUGACCUUCGCGUUUGUGUGCCACCCGGCUAUUCUGCCCAUGUACGAGGAGCUCAAAGAUCGUUCCAGAAGAAAGAUGCAGAACGUUGCAAAUGUCUCAUUCCUGGGAAUGUUUGUCAUGUAUCUGUUGGCUGCUCUUUUUGGAUACCUGACCUUCAACGAGGCCGUUGAACCCGAGCUCCUGCACACUUACUCAAAGGUCUACAGCUUUGAUGUGGUGCUUCUGAUCGUGCGUUUUGCCGUCCUGAUCGCCGUGACGCUGACGGUGCCCGUGGUUCUCUUCCCAAUCCGCAACUCCGUCAACCAGCUGCUCUGCGCCUCUAAAGACUUCAGCUGGCCGCGUCACAUCUGCAUCACCGUCGCUCUGCUCGUCUGCGUCAACAUCCUCGUCAUCUUCGUUCCCACCAUCAGAGACAUUUUUGGAUUCAUCGGUGCAUCCGCUGCUGCUAUGCUGAUCUUCAUCCUUCCCUCGGCCUUCUACAUCAAACUGGUGAAGAAGGAGUCCAUGAAGUCUGUCCAGAAGAUCGGGGCCACUUUGUUCCUCAUCAUGGGAUUCAUGGUGAUGAUCAGCAGCAUGGCAUUGAUCAUCGCGGACUGGAUCCACAAUGCAGGAUCUUCAGACGAGCAUGCUGAUGGCCACUAGUGGGCGUGUCCUAACCCUGAUUGACAGGCAGAUGGGCGGAGCCAAGCUGCUUACACUGCAACUGAGAACUAGAAGAAGCUGCUCUAGUUUCAGCGCAGAGCAAAGACAAACAUCCCAUUCUGAGAGAAUGUCCUGAACUUUGUACAGUAUGCUGUUAGGCCACACAGAUGGUACUCCACUCGUAUUGUUGUGCUUCUUUUUUUGGUCCAUUUGUUUUCUUUUGUGUUGUUCUUCCAGUACAGCUGAGUUUUCAGUGGUACGUCGCACAGGAACACGUGCAUCAUUCUCCGUAUUCAGGUUAGGCGUUUCGUACUCGCAACCAAAACGAUUUCACGAUCAACACUGAGCGGAGCGUCGCCUGCAGAAGUGUGUUCGAUCCUUUUGUACUGUUGCCAAAAAUAUCGGUGUUUGUAUAUAGAAAAGCACUUACUCUUUUUCAACAAAUGUGAAAAAACUGUAAAUUCGCACAUUUUGGCUAUGCUUUAAACGCAUUCGUUACGAUGCCAUUUUUACUGAACUACUUGAGUCACCUUUGCCUGUCAUGUAGCUCUACUAAUGAACAAAUGUUGAUUUGUAGUUGUUGAUUUCAGACAGGUGGAACGGCUGAAUGAAUUUACUGUAACUUAUUUAAACCCGGACGACAGCGAUGGGUGCUUUACAGUCAACAUGAGACAGCUAAUAGGGAAUGUUUGCAGAACGUUCUGGCAAUGUUUUCUCAAAAUAACAGAAUGUGCAUUCUUGUAACGUUAAAAGAACCUUCCAGUAACGUUAAUAGAAUGUUUGUUUGAGGUCUCUCAAAAUAUUAACGUAAAAGCAUUAUUUAUACAUCGUUCAUUAACACUUUAGUUGGACAUUUAUCCAGCAUUUUUUAAACACUAAAAUGCAACAUUCUUUAAGAAUUUUAAACAAACGUUCUUCUAGUAACAUUAAUAGAACGUUCGUUCAAAGUUGGAUGUUAUGGUAACAUUUUUUAAAUGUCGCUACUUGUUUUAGAAUGUUCAGAGAACACUCAAAAGUAACUUUCCCAUAAUGUUUACAAAACUAUAAAUUGAACGUUCCCUUAACGUUCGCAUAACCAACAGAAAAACGUUUAUAAAAAUUGAAAUUUUGAACUUUAUCAAACUACUCUUUUUAUACACGUUCUUGGUCUAAUUAUGAACAAUUAAAACCAUUGCAAAAUAUCUUAAACAACUAUUCAACUGACUUCACAUCAAGACGAUGCUUACCAAUAGUCAAAUAACUAUUUAAUCAUUGUUUUAGACUAUCGUAGGUUAUUCAGCCUUUUCUAAAACAUUCAUAAAACUGCAAUAAUAGCUAAUAAUGAUAUAAAAAAAGAGUCCUGUUUCACUCUGGAAUACAUCACAUUAAUGAAGUAAAUGAUUCGCUGAUUGUUGUUUCAUGUCGACUUUAAAGCUUCACAGUAUGAUUGUCAUUUGUUUUGCUUUUUAAACGACAAAAUCGAACGGCAGAUCGUUAUUGCCGAGGGGAAAUGAGACUGUUAGUGUUCAACUUGACUUACCAUUCAGCGUUUGCCAUCGGCAGCUUGAAGUUAUUCCCUUAACGAGAGACAGACAGAGGAGUGUGUGUCGUCCACUUAUCAGCCGUUAUGAGUGUUGUGAAUGGAGAGGUCACAUGAUCACCGUGUCUCUCUCUCUCACACACACACACACACACCUCACUGUGCUUCCAACAGCUAAACCUCAUGUGUCAUCCAACCUGUUUCUCUCCAGAAGUUAUUUAUGGAAAAGCAUCAGUGUAAUUUAAUCAGUUUUACUGUAUUUAUGUAUAUAUAUAUUGUAUAUAUGUGUAUAUACCACAAAAUGAAGUGUAUAUAUGCUGUCAUUUACUCUUGUUUUUUCUCAAUUUUGCUCAACAUGUUUAAAAUAUGAAAAUAGCUUUAGAUGUCCCUCUGUGUGUCGGGGCCCCUGAUCGGCCCCUGUACAUCUGGCUGCGAAUGUCAAACUGAGCUCAAGGUUCCUAUCAUCUUGUGAUCGGCCCCGACACACACACACACACCUUUUACAUUACUACUAAAAUGCUGUACUCAAACUCGAUAGGGGAAUAUGUACAAGAGACCAUUCCUGCGAAUGAUACGCUCUUGUUUCAAUGAAACACUAUGUAUAUCGUGCAGUUAAUGUCUAUUAAAGGUUUAUGAUGACCCA